AUGGUUCGUAACGUAGAAGGGAGCGUUGGUGAUUAUACGAAGUGAUAUUGAUUGGAAUGUUUGCAUUUUGUAAAUGUUCGACUUUUUAGCCGCUCCCCAUAGUUGGAUUCCAUAAGCCCAAAUGGGUUUCAGAAGGGUUUUGUAAAGCAAUAGUUUAUUCUUAAGGUUUAGCUUGGAUUGUUUGCCUAGCAGUGGGAGAAGACUUUUUCGUCUGGAGUUAAGUAAGAGGCGUUUUUGUUUAAUAUGCUCGGCCCAAGUUAAGCGUUUGUCCAGAAGUAGGCCUAGGUAUUUAACUUUGGUAGCUGGUGGUAUUAUUUUGUUUGCUAGAGAGACGGGAGGGACUACGCCUUGUCUGAGGGUAAAGGUUAGGUUAGGCCUAACCUAACCUUUACAUGAUUACAUGAAUAAAUUAUACAUGUCUAUAACAAUUAUCACAGAAACGCCGAAAUAGUGAACUGGCUUAAACAAUUAAAAUUUUAACAGCAACCACAAGUGCACUGAUUAUAUUACUCAAACACAAUAUUUUAAAAAUUUAAAUUUCAAACCAAAUCUCAAAAUAUUUAAAAUCAAUUAGGCACACAUUUUAGACGUAGACACGUAGCAACUACUAAAUCAAUGACUACACAUAAACACUUGAUCGAAAGAGUAUUACAAUUUACACAGAAACUUAACUGCGGUUCUUCAAUUUUCACAUUAUUCCAUUCAUUUUUUUAUUGUUAUUACUUCUGGCGUUUAUCCGAAACAUAUAGAAUAGCAUACAUGAAUCCAAUUCAAAGACCUCGUCGCCUGCAUAGAGUUCCAAAAGGUCAAUGGAGGAAAUUCUGGCUGAAGAUAAUACUUGCUUCAAUGUUAGUAUGGAGUGGUAGUCAAUGUUGGUCAGAUGGAUUAGUACCUUUGCUUAAAACUUACACUUUACCUAUUCUUACAAUGAUAAACAACUGCUUGAAACCACAAUUCAAAAUGAACCAAACUUCUUUGCAGUCACUGGAAUGUAUAUGUAAAUUAAUCGUUUGUUAUUCUGUAAUAGCUCUUGUACGUUGGUGUUAUAUUUAUGUUGAUAAUAACUAUCAAUACACGAGAAGGAGAUUAAGAAUACGCCGAAUAUACAACUGGGGUACGCUCAUUCCUGGGAGAGGACCAAGCGAACUAGGAGAAGAUGGUUAUUUGCUAAUACAAACCAUUUUACCUACAGAACCCCAAGAACAUCAAGAGUUGGCGGAGAAUAAUAAUCCGAAAAAAUUGAAACUUACGCAAAGUUGCCAACUGUCCACGAAAUAUAAGUCGAUUAUUCCAAAAGUAAUUGUUAGACGUAAAUCCGUAUAAAUUUUAAAAUAAAAUGUUUGAGCAUAAAA